AUGCGUAUCUCAAGUGCAAUUGCAUUGGUCACCUUGGCUGCCACAGCCGUGUUCACUGGCGUCGUCCAAGGAGCAGAAGAACCCGAGGUCAAGGUGUUGACGUCGGAGAACUUCAAGGAUGCGAUCAACCAAAAGUUUGUCCUUGUGGACUUUUAUGCGCCAUGGUGCGGACAUUGCCAGAACCUUGAGCCUGAGUAUGAGGCUGCCGCCAAGAUAUUGAAGGACGACGAGACGAUCCUGCUGGCAAAGGUUGACUGUGUGGCCGAGAAGGAGCUCUGCAAGAGCUACGAAGUUGAUAGCUACCCCACCCUCAAGAUCUUCAGAGAGGGUGUCCCAAGAGACUACAAGGGCGCUCGCAAGACCGACGGCAUCGUCUCCUACCUCAAGAAGCACGCCGCCCCUCCAGUAACGAUCCUCACCGCCGAAACUCUCCCCGCCUUUGCCGAGUCCGAACGUGUCGUCGUCGUGGCCGUCCUCCCUGCCGACGACCCCCAACGCGAAGAGGUCGACAAGAUUGCCCGCUACUACCGUGACGAUUUCAUCUUUGGAGUUGUCGAGGAACACCCAGACGUCAAGGCCCCAGCCGUGGUUCUUUACAAGAAGUUUGAUGAGGGCAAGAAUAUCCUUGAGGGCGAGAUCACCGAUGCAAAGUUGCUCAGCUUUGUCCGGACCAACUGUCUCCCGACCAUUGAUGAGAUUGGAGCGACCAACUAUGCACAUUACAUGGAUGCCACGAUCCCAUUGGCUUACUUGUUCUAUGGCACGACGGACCAGCGUGAUGCGCUGAAGGAGGACUUUGAGGCCGUCGCCAAGGAGUGGAAGGGUAAAGUCAAUUUUGUUUACCUCGAUGCCCAAAAGUAUGGUGCCCACGCUACCAACGUCGGUCUCAAGGAUAACUGGCCUGCUUUCGCAGUCCAGGACGUCAGCACGGCCGAGAAGUUCCCUCUGGAGCAAAACGACGAGCCUCUGACCGUCGAGCGUAUCAAGCAGCAUAUCACCGAGGUUGUUGCUGGCAUCCAGAAGGCCAAGGUCAAGUCUGAGGCCAUCCCCGAGUCCAACGACGGAAACGUUAAGAUUGUUGUCGCCAAUUCCUACGACGAGAUUGUUCACGACAAGGAGAAGGAUGUCUUGAUCGAGUACUAUGCCCCUUGGUGCGGAUUUUGCAAGCGUCUCGAGCCCAUUUACGACGAACUUGGUGCUUUGUACAAAGGAUCCAACAUUGUCAUUGCCAAGCUUGACGCCACCGCCAACGAUCUCCCCGCCUCGGUUCCUUUUGCUGUCACUGGUUACCCCACCAUCAAGUUCAAGAAGGCCGGUCAAGACACCUACAUGGACUACAAUGGUGAACGCACCGCUGCUGCCUUUGUCGACUUUAUCCGCAAGAACGCCGUCAACACGUUCGAGGUUGCCGAUCCCGAAGGCAUCUACGAGCCCAAGCUCAAGUCCGAGACCGUCCCUGAGACCCAGGAUGGUCCCGUCACCGUCGUGGUUGCCAAUAACUACGAGAACGUUGUUCACGAUAGCGACAAGGAUGUCCUGAUCGAGUACUACGCUCCCUGGUGCGGAUUCUGCAAGCGCCUCGAGCCCAUCUACGACGAGCUCGGUGCACUCUACGAGGGGUCCAACAUUGUUGUCGCAAAGUUCGACGCCACCGCCAACGACCUCCCCGCUUCAGUUCCCUUCGCCGUCUCGGGCUACCCCACGAUCAAGUUCAAGAAGGCCGGCUCCAAGGAUUAUAUCGACUAUAGUGGCGAACGCACAGCCGCAGCAUUCGUCGAUUUCAUUCGCAAGAACGCCGUCAACAAGUUCGACGUUGCCGAUCCCGAAGGCAUCUACGAGCGCAAGCACAAGUCCGAGGCUGUCCCCGAGACCCAAGACGGACCCGUCACGGUCGUGGUCACUGACAACUACGAGAAUGUCGUCCACGACAACGACAAGGAUGUCUUGAUCGAGUACUACGCUCCUUGGUGCGGAUUCUGCAAGAGCCUCGCUCCUAUCUAUGAUGAGCUCGGAGCCUUGUACAAGGGUUCCAACAUUGUUGUCGCAAAGUUCGACGCCACCGCCAACGAACUCCCAGCUUCAAUUCCCUUUGCGGUUUCGGGCUACCCCACAAUCAUGUUCAAGAAGGCCGGCACCAAGGACUACGUCGAGUACAAUGGCGAACGCACAGCCGCAGCAUUCGUCGAUUUCAUCCGUAAGAACGCCGUCAACAAGUUUGACGUUGCCGAUCCCGAAGGCAUUUACGAGCGCAAGCACAAGUCCGAGGCUGUCCCCGAGACCCAAGACGGACCCGUCACAGUCGUGGUCGCGGACAACUACGAGAAUGUCGUCCACGACAACGACAAGGAUGUCUUGAUCGAGUACUACGCUCCUUGGUGCGGAUUCUGCAAGCGCCUCGCUCCUAUCUAUGAUGAGCUCGGAGCCUUGUACAAGGGUUCCAACAUUGUUGUUGCAAAGUUCGACGCCACCGCCAACGAACUCCCAGCUUCAGUUCCCUUUGCGGUCUCGGGUUACCCCACAAUCAAGUUCAAGAAGGCCGGCACCAAGGACUACGUCGAGUACAACGGCGAGCGCACGACCGAGGCCUUUAUUUCCUUCUUGGAGAAGAAUGCCGUCAACAAGGUCGAGGUCAAGAACGAGACCAAGAAGGACACCCAUGAUGAGCUGUAA